AUGGCUGCCUCGUCACCAUCGUCGCUCGGAGGGGAUCAGGGGCUUAGAGUCUUAUUUCUCCAUGAAUUGGACUCGGCCCCUGGCAGCGAUAAGCAGCGUCUGCUAGAAAAAGCUAUCGGGAAGCAAAGGGUUAAAGCUCCAAACCUGAAGACCAGACAGACCAUCAUGAUGUUUGUCCUCAUUUUUGUGGUCGUGGCAAUUAUCCUGCUUAGUGCUUGCAUAGCCGCUGCCGUGCUUGCCAAGUGGUAUGUAGGCCUAUCAGUCUUCCUGGGAGCGAUGGCUCUUUUGGUGCUUCUGUACUGGCUUGGCGGGAAAGGGGCCACCCACUUCAUGUGGAUGAAGGCGGUCCGCAUUGCCGAGAAGAAGUUCAAGGAGCAGAGAUCCAACGUCAUUGUUGCGACUUCUUUCGGUGCCGUCGUGGCACUCAGCAUGGACGUUCCAAAAGUUCCGAUGCUGCUGCUGUCACCAGCGCAUGAGCAGUAUGCACGCUUCAUGCGAUUGCGCAAUGUCUUCACCUUGCAUGCAAUUCCAUACGUCCUCAUUGUUCAUGGAUCUGGCGACAAGACUGUGCCCCUAGACGACUCGAUCCGCCUCCUAGAGACGGCCGCUGGGCCAGGACGCAGCCGUCUAGAAGUGAUAAAUGACGGUCAUGCUCUCAAGUCUAUCAAAAUGGAAGACUUGCGCCAGUGGGUAGAGGAAGUGUUUGCACACGGCAAGAGGCAGGUCAAAAUGCUGGCAGACUCGGGAUCGAAGGAUGUGGAUCCGUCUCUGUACGAGUGGUUAGAGCAGGACGUUACAGAACCUGCGGGGUCGCAAAAACCCCAUGCGGAGAUUGAUGACCAGGCGUCUACCAAGGAAUCGGUCGGCAGUGCUGCCCCAUCUGCAGCUUCCAACGCAUGGCCACAUGACCCCGACGGGAAGCAACAAAGCAAGACGCACACGGGAAGUUUCCCGCGAGGAGCCGGAAAAGAGGGACAUGAAAUUAGGGAGACGGUUUUGUGGCAAAAGGCCAUUAAUUGGAAAAUCGAGUCUCCCAUCAGGCGACCUGCAAGGCGGAUGCCGAACAGGGCGAGCAGGAGCGAAGGGAGAGGGACCGUGGGGAGCGGAGACUCUUUUUCGGAUUGGGCAAUCACGGAGGCAGGACCAGUAAACGCGCACGAGACCUUAAAGGCCUCGAGCCGGAGAGAGGCUAUGAGAGAUCUCAGUGGCCUUGAAUUGAUUGAUGCAGGAGUGCGAAUAUCUUUUUCCUGUCUCCGCGAUAACGGAUGCUUCCUUCUUUUGUGUUAA